ACGACAUAGGGCACGAGCAGAAGGCAGAAGGCAGAGCACGUCCAUGUCUUAAAUCCUUAGUCUUUUUAGGCUCUCUUUCUCUCUGUCCCGACACCAUGGCCGCUUGCCUGAGGUCCCUGAGGUACGGACUGCCCCCGAGAGUGCCUGGGAGCGGGAAUUCCGUCCGAGGAAGCGCGGAAGGAGGGAGAUUGCUGACCCGGGCGGCUGCAGGAGGGUACCGAGUGCAGGAAAGUGUGCAAAGUGCACCUAGCACACCUCUUCACCAGAGCAGCAAAUCAUGGAAUCUGAUCCAACAGCAGCAACACUUGGAAGAAGGAUCAUUCUCAGCCCCAGAUUUAGCUCUUGGCGAAUCACCAAUCACAAUGUUGGAAGUAUCUGAUUGGUUGCAUAAAGUGCAGGCUGAACCGGUGGGCCUGGACGUGACCAGUGUAUUUCGAUACAGCAAUGCAGUUGGAGAACAUUUCCAUUCUUUUGACCCCUUAGGUGUUGGCAUCAGUCCUGUUUCGCAAAGUGUAGAUGAAAUUCAGAUAAAUGUAUGCACAGCAGUAGUUUGCCACGAUGACAACACCAGCGUGAGAACGUUCCAGCUCCCUCCAAAUGCUCUCUGGUACCCUCUUGGAUCCAAGCAAGAAGGAGAUAAAGUAGUUUGCUCAUUGAAAUACAGUCCGUUAGAAGAUAAAGUUUUUGAGGAAUUAUCUCCAUCGAUUCAGUAUUUUGAUCAAGAAGUCCCAUUACAAGUUGGGGACACUUCACCCACACCUGUGCAGCUCCAAGAAACUGCAAAAGAAGAUACUCUGUUCGUUAGUGACAUAACUCAAGAAAAUACUGUCUACUGCACUGACAGGAGUCCCAGUCAGUCAGACUCUGAGAUGACUGGUCCUUCAGGAAAGCCAAGCAUGGAGCAGCUCACUGUUAUUUUUGAUGUUUUAAGUGAAACGUUGCCAAAAUUGUUUAUUCAACCAAUGGACUACAAAAUAUAUUCUCAAGACAUCGUUUUUGAGAACCGCAUCAGAGGGACUGUCACCACAGGUUUGAUGGCCUAUGUGAAACAGGUUGCACUUCUUCGAACAGUGGGCCAUUUGAAGUUUGCUUUUGUCAAGUUUGAAAUCCUGAAAAUGACUAAGCAUCCUGAAGAUGGAACAGUUAGGGUGCGUUGGAGAAUAAAAGGGCUCUCUGGGUUGAAGGCUAUGAUACAGUUUUGGAAGAUCAGGUUGUGGAACUGGAAGGGCGUUGUUGAUCAGAUGGAAAGUUGGUAUGAUGGCUUCUCCACUUUCUACGUAGGUGGAGAUGGUCUUGUUCACAGACAUGUUGCUGACAGUAUGAUGCCAGAUGAAGAACAAGUAGUGCAGAAAGGUCCAUUAGCUGCCAAGAUGGCACUCCUACUUGGCCUCACACACCGACCAAAUUUAGGGGAUGCAAACAGCAUGAUGCCCUUUGAUCUUACAUCAGUUUCUUCGGCACACAAGGAAGAGGAGGCAGAUAAUUAUUUACAGUUAAUGCUACCUCUGGAGAAGAUAUAUUAAACAUGAAAAAUUAGACAUUAUAUAUGUAUAAAUAUGUGUGUGUGUGUGUGUGUGUGUGUGUGUGUGUGUGUGUGUGUGUGUGUGUGUGUGUGUGUGUGUGUGUGUGUGUGUG